AUAAUAUGAUAUGUACAUUCAAAACGUUAUUUAAAUCAAGUUGUAUUGUGUCAUGGCAGGUCCACCGCUGUUUCGUCCAACACCUUCUUUACCAUUUUGAUAUGCAACUUUGUUGUUAAUUUAAUGUUUUUGACUAACCAACAAUCCUAUAUUUUUAAAUUUACAUAACUACCUAUAUAUAUAAUCACCAACCGCCUCAUGAGUAUAAUUAUUCCACGGCAUACCAAUUAUUUUUUGUUUAAACUAUACAUCUCGGAAAGAAAAAAGGAUCAAAUAUUUUCUCAAUCGUCUAUAGUUUUCUUGUUUGGGUUUCUAUUUUGAAUGGUGAAGGAAUCCAUGGAGGUUACACAAUAUCGUCAAAGUUUUAAUGAAGGUUCGAGUUCUAGGGUUUCCAUGAACAAAAACUCACAAGUAAUAUCCAAGAUCAAGCCCAAGAUUCGCAUCAUUCACAUAUUCGCACCGGAGAUCAUCAAGACUGACGUUAAGAACUUUCGUUCACUUGUCCAGAGUCUAACCGGAAAACCCACAGCCGCAGAAGCCAAAGCCGAUAAAAAGAGAGCCAAACCGAAAAUUCCAACGUCUCAAGAACCGGUUUACGGAGAGCCUCAGCCGGUUAACAGGCUUACAGGUUUCACAGGUUUAGUAGCAAACGGAGGCAACCAUCAGGUGAAAGAAGAAUGGGGAUCUGGUGAUCAUAAGCGUGCUUCCAACACAAACACUUACUUUGAUCUAGAUGGUUUGAUUCAAGAUGUAGGAGAAGAUUACUUCUCUUCGUUUCCCAUGAGAACUUCUUCUGCUUCACAAGUCGAAGGUUUCAUCUUCAACAACAACCACAACACCAACAACAACUCCGAUACAAAGGGUCAUAAUUCUUCAUAAAUAACCACAGUUAAUUUCUAGGGUUUUCUGAUUUUGCAUUCGCGUUUGAUCAGAUCUAAUCGUUUGAGGCAUGAAAUCAAACGAAGAAGGUUAUGCUUUUUAGGAACAAAGGCAUAGAAGUUGUAUUUUGAUUUUGAUGGGUACGUAGACAAACUGGACUUUUUUGGUAGACUGACUUUGCCAAGGUUGGGGGUUGUAAUGAAAAGUUUGAUUUAUGUGCAUCCCUUCCCGGAGAAGUGACUGUAUCUAAUUAAGUGGUGGUCUUCGGUCCAAGAACCCUAGCUGUUUUGAUAUGUAACUUCAUUCAUGUGCUACUAUAUAUUGGAUGUGUAAUAAAAAAUUCUUUGGUGCGUGUAUAUGAUUUGAUUAUCAGCUGUAUUUUUUGGAGGAAAGUUUUUAUGGUACUUAAAAGAUUGACUAAAAUAGUUUUUACAGUAUAGUAAUUCUUUCUCUUGGUUAAAAUAGUUUUUACCGAUUCUUCUGUUAAUAUUCAACGUGUCAUAUGGUGGUUAUACUUGAGAAUGAUGAUCUCGUAUAACUUUGUUCUCUUGCUUAAUAUACCAACUGUUAAUGACAGUGUAA